ACUUGUUCCUCAACUAGCCUACUUGGUUAAAUAAAGGUGAAAUAAAUCAAGAAAUACCUCAAUCACCGCAGUAAAUAGAAGUAGCUGAGGUGGGAUCUUUAGAGGGACCUGAAGGAAUUACAAAGAGAGCAGGGAGUAUUUCCCGAACAGAAACUCAACCACUCUUCUAACAUUAUUUUUCAGUUAAAAAAAGAGAGAGCAAAGAAGCCCAAAUAUCCCAUCUAUGCAUUUUUUCAUUAAGAAAAAGUUUUGUAGGUGAAUACAAGUCAUCACUGUAGUAAGCCUACAGUCACAUGAGUUCUCUAUCUAGCCCUCCUCUGUUGAGCAUGUCACCCCUUCUCAGACCUGUGUAAUUACAUCUCCAAUCACAGACAAAUGGUUGAGUGUGCACAGACCAGCUGUGCCAAGGUCCUCAUUUGGCCCCUACGAGACAGUGAUUCGAGUCACCUCAGAUCCACCCAAACUCACCCCUGGCUGGUCUCACUGUGAUGCGUGCUGUGUCUAUCUGCUUUACAACCUGCAGGCGGCCAUAGCAGCUGCCUGCAUUAGUGUAAUAACAUAAAAGAGAUAUUUGAAUAUUGAUACCACUUGCAUGUCUACUAUGAGACAUGGUACACAGGAUUUGAAUCGCUGCUGAAAUGUAAAACUGUCUUGAAUGCCAAAGAGUUUGUUUAUCCUCACUUGGAUUUGCAAGCACGAGGGAGACUUGGGUGCUAGGAAUCUGAGGGCAUGUUUACGUGUUAUUCAGAGUCAGACUGUAAAUAAGGCAUUUGAUGAAAGGUGUUUGUAAGUAAACAUCAUUGUACAUUUAGCAGCCUAUUGCAAGUGCCCAAAUUACCAUCAUUAGAAACGUUGUUGAGAUUUGUCACCAUGAGUUGAAUUUCCAUUGGUCUAAAUUACACAUUGGCUAGCCCCUGUCUACUGGGUAAGCUAGUAUCUGGACCACUUUGUUGUUACAAGUACUCCGUUGGAGAGACAAGGGGGGAAAAAAUCAAAUUUUUCUAAACAGAAGAGUCCCUUUUAAAUAUCCUUCAAGAGAUUGGGUUUAUGAAAUAAGAUAGACCACAAGUGAGGGGAAAGAAUGAGUGUGGUAAGGGAGAUGUAAUGUAUGGAAAGUUAGAUUCAGCUCCUUGGUUUAAAGCUACAGUGAAAACGAUGAGGCAAAAACACUAACUAGUUACAGUAAUACGCUCAAAAUGGAGGAGAGGACCUCUGCUUUCCAACGUUGUCCUCUUCACGUGUCAUGAUCUCAGUGCACAUUCAGUGCAAUGUGUGCCCAGUUAAGUCCUUUUCCUACUUUCUUUGCUAUCUUAUUUUCCUUCCAUGUGACGCUAAAACACUUUUACGUUGAGUUGAAUGAAACUUUAGCAAACCAGAAAGCCUGGCCCUUUUUCAGAGAUGUACUAGUUUUCACUGGACUUCAGUUUUGGAUCCCAACCAGGUUUUUUCCCCCAACUUCCCUUUAUGGAAAUGGCUCAGGAAUGGACCAGUAUUCAGGCUGUGCGAACCUGAGAAUUUGUGGCGAAAUUUUAGUGGAAUUUCUAAAUUCCUGUAUGUUUUUUUAGCCAAAACCAAAUUCGCACUCUUUCUAUUUCAUUAAUGAGUUGUAAGUUCAUUAAUUAUGCAUGAAGUAGAUCGAGACCAGUCUUAAAAGCCAGGUAACAGCGUUUAUUUCAAGAGAGUACUAACCACAUACACAUAUUUCCACAGGUUAUAAAGUGAAAAUGACGUCAGCGUUUUCUAAACGUUCUAUCUAUUUCACAAGUAGAGGGCCCUCUAGCUCUCGAGCCUUCGCGUUAUCAGCACGAAGUCAAGGCCAGUCAGUAUAAAUCAACAUUCUAGACAGUCUGGAGAUGGGCCGUUCCUGCCACCUGGAGAUUGUACAACUGAAUGAAAUAAGGAACAGACCUUCAUUGUUACUAAACUCCUGACUACAUUAUAUACAAUUGGGAAUGGGAGCAAGAGAGAAAAUUCACAUGUACAGUACAUUAUAGCAUUUAGACUAGUCAGUUCUGAUUGGAAUGUAUACAUAAUUAGUCAUUUCAACCAUAAUUUCCUCUAACAGGAAACAAUUAGCAUUAGAGGUUCUCUGCAUGACCUUUAUUCUACUCUUCAUGUUCUACCUCAAAAUAAUUUCAUAUGUAUCACAAAUAAUCUGAUAAGUACAUGUAGGUUAAUGUGUGGGAAAGAAAGUACAUAUCGCCCAUAAAUACAUUAGUAGCUGACAAAUAGUUUUUAUCUGUUUAUGCCUUGUUGCUAUGACUGAUUUUAGAGCUAAUAAUAGUGUGUCGUUGGUUUCAGGCUCUGGAACCACAAUGCACAGCAGCUACAAUGAGGUUGUGCCAGAGGAGGAGUACUACACUCCCCAACUGAACUACAGGAAUCUAAGAUGGUGUCACUUUCUGACCCUGGCCAAUGGGGAUGUGACCUGCCACUUCCCCCGAGGAGAGAACUACCGCAGCACCCUAGACACCCGCUGCGAGAUGACCUGUGACCGUGGCUACAAGCUGCUGGGCAGAUCCUCGGUGCAGUGCAUGCCCAACCGCCGCUGGUCUGGGACCAGUCACUGCCGCCAGGUUCGUUGCAACGUGCUGCACCUGAUCUGGCAUGGCACGUACCACUGCACCCAGGGUUAUGUGGUGGACUCCAGCUGUGGCUACAUCUGUGAGCUGGGGUACCGGAUCGAGGGGGACCACUCUCGUACCUGUCUGGAUGGGGGGUCCUGGAGUGGGGCAGAAUCCAUCUGUGCAGGUGGUGUUGGGUUUGAUAUGCCUGGAGCCCCGGCAGCUCCCAUGGGCAUGUCUCCCAUCCACAUAAACACAACACAGAUACUCAUCUAUGUAACACUGAUAGGCCAGGGGCCAGAUACCAACUUUAAAGAGGGGAUGAACAUUAUCCGGCACACAGCACAUGACCAAGCCAGAAACAGGGCUGCCUGCAAGUUCAUUGUUCGUGUGGAGGUCAGGAGGUGUCCAGUCCUCAAGCCCCCUCUCCAUGGUUACCUCACCUGUAACUCUGACGGGAACAACUACGGGGUGGUGUGCGAGUACCACUGUGACAGGGGCCAGGAGAGGAGGGGGAUCUCCAGCCGUGUCUGCCAGUUCGACCACAGCUGGACUGAGGCCCCUGCUGAGUGCGUCCCAAUGGAGUUUAAAACAGAUGUGGAUACAGCUUCUGGCCUCCUGGACCGGUUCUACGAGAAGAGGAGGCUUCUGAUUGUGUCGGCACCUAACAUAGCCCAUGGAGACUACAAGCUCCAGAACCUUAUGGUACAGAAAGCAGAUUGUGGUCUGGACAUAAGAGGAGUGACAGUGAUUGAGCUGCUAAGGUCCCCUCCUCGAGAAGUGGGCCACAUCAAGGGACGUCACCUGGACAUUGAGGGUCUGAGGCAGGCUUUACGGAUCUCCAGAUCCUACUUCAACAUGGUGCUGCUAGACAAGGAUGGUUUGGACCACGAGAGAUUCCUCACACCCACCACAUCCGAUGAGCUCUUCUCAUACAUCGACAAUAACCUUUUGGACGAAGAAGAACAGAGGCGGUUGGAGUUAGACCUCUGACUAAGAGUGCCCCCUGGUGGCUUGGAGGUCAGACACUUUUACAAAGAUAUCAGCUCAGAGGAAGGCUGGCCCAGAAUAGAGAGAGAAACAAGAAAACGGAUAACAGCUCUGCUAGUCAAAUGUUUCCAUUGGCUGAUAAACCUGAAAAACAGGCUAAGAUCUUCAUUAAUGAUGUUUACAUAUCUUGCACUACUCAUCCCAGAUGUAUAUACUUCAUCUAAAAGUAUAGAGAUUGUUGGUGUAUUGUUAGAGAAUGAAACAUAGGUACCUUUACUUCACCUUCCAUACUGCACAGACGGGUAUAACAAACGUGGAUAAUUAAAGGUUCAGUCACUUCAUAUUUUUAUUUAUUUGGUGAAUUAAAUAUUUGAUACAGUCAUAGGACUCAAAAGAGCAUAAAAGUUGAGAAAUAAAAUGAGUCUCCUUCAC